GUCACUAGCUUGCGUGCUUUGCAGGCUGCUCGCCUCGUUUUCUAGCGGCGGGCUACGCUGAAUAUAAUCCACAGGGCCAUCCUCGCACCCCCCCGGACUCGUACGUCUCCGCUGAUGCCAGAGUUGAACCGCCCGCUCAUUUUCCAUCUUUGACACAAACAAAACACUCUCGUUACUCUCAUUUCUUGUCACCACUUGUACUGUACAUUGUUUUCCGACAACCCGCGACACGCCGACCGGCUUCGCUCUUCGAUUCCGCUACCGAAUUCUCUUGUCUCCGAAUCGACCGGCUAUUUUUUUUUCUUUUUUCUCCCUCGCGGGCGGCGCUAAUCCCCCGCUCACAACCAUCUCGUGCGACCACUGCAUUCCAACUCGACUCGACGCUCUUCACACACGCUCUCUUUUCGCUUCUUCAUCAUCACGAUGCGAUCGCUCUCGCUGGCGCUGGUAGCCGGCGCUCUGUCGCGCUCCGUGGUAGCCCAGCAAUUCAAGCUCGGCACCAACGAUGAGAUCUUGGCAUCGGCCAAGCUUUUGGCGGCGGAUAUGAAGGCGUACUACCCCGGUGAGGAACCCGGCAAGACACUGGGCAUCUUGCCUGGCCCUCCCGCUGAUGGAAAGGGCGACUACUACUGGUAUAUUGCCGGUGCCAUGUUUGGCACCUUUGUCGACUACUGGCACUAUACGGGCGACAGCACAUACAACCCCAUGACCAUGGCUGCUUUGCAGUACCAGUCGGGCGAGCUGCAAAACUACGAACCCAGAAACUGGACAUUGUCGCUAGGAAACGAUGACCAGGCUUUUUGGGCCAUGUCAGCGUUGCUCGCUGCCGAGACGGGCUUCCCGGAUCCUCCCAAGGACAAGCCGUCAUGGCUGGACCUGGCGUCGAAUGCGUGGAAUAUGCAGCAUGGUCGAUGGGAUAUGACCACUUGCAACGGAGGUUUGCAUUGGCAAGUCCCGCAAACCAACGGUGGUUACGAUUACAAGAACACGGUUGCUAAUGCCGGAUACAUGAACCUCGGCGCUCGCUUGGCCAGAUACACUGGCAACAACACCUAUAUGGACGGUGCCGAGAUGGCUUGGAACUGGAUGUGGGAUCACAACCUGAUUGACCACGACAGCUGGUUUGUCUACGAUGGUGUCCAGUCCAAGGCCUGUGGUGAUGUUGUGAAGCAAGUCUUUUCUGCCAACGCUGGCCUCCUCAUCGAAGCCUGCGCUUUCUUAUACAACUACACCAAGGAUCAGAAAUGGGGCGACCGCUUUGAUAAGUUGCUCGCCAAGUUCUUGGAACAUAACUUUCCCAACAAUAUUGCUUUCGAGACGAGUUGUGAAAACAACGAAAUUUGCACUACAGAUCAAAAGUGCUUCAAGGGCUACCAACACAGAUGGCUUGCUGUCGCGUCGCAGCUUGUAGAAGGCAGCCGCGACAAGAUUCGUGCUGUUCUCAAAACGUCCAUCAACCAAGGCAUCAAACAAUGCACUGGUGGAGCCAGCGGCCGCAAGUGUGGCAUGUACUGGAAGAAGGGCGUGUACGUUGACCCCGAACAACCUGGACCGAACAACAGUGCUCCCGGAACAACGGGCGCCUGCGAGACGAUGAAUGUGUUUGGCGCGGUUUCGGCUUUGCUGGUGGACAAUGCCAAGAUGCCCUUGACGGUCCAGAGCGGUGGCAAGGGUGAGAACCCCGACGCUAUUGCUCCCAAGAAGACGCAGGUCCCGAUUACCACGGCCUCCAAGGCGGGAGCGGGUAUUAUUACUAUUCUCAUCCUGGGUAUUGGACUGGCGCCGUUUGUGUGGAUGAUUACAACGUGAUGAAAGGCAGGCUGGGAUUGUAAAUUCCAACAACUCGUCGUUUAAUGAAUAUGUAUUUAUGCUUUGUAUAUCAGUCAAAUGUCAUGUUAUUUUCGUAACAAUUUCAUAUUCUCCUUCAG